CGGGGACCGAAUACAGUUGCAACCAGGCAUCUCGACCGAAAAAUAAAGCUCCAUUCCGUCAGCAAAAUGGGCGGACGUCAAGCUCAUGGUCGGCCUCUACUUGGUGGAAAACCAGCAGCGAAACCUUCUAAAAAAUCAAAGCUCAAAGUUCAAGCUCGAGCUCUCGACGCCUUUGGCAUCGCUUCAGAACAAUACCCCACGAAGGAGAAGCUCACACCGCGAUACCGCGACAUAGUCGGUGAUGUCGGGAAGAAACGCCGUACAGAACAUGAGGAGGACGCAGACGAAGAUGGCGAGGAGGAGGAUGGAAAGUCCCGGCGGAAGAGGAUGAAACCCUCCGCGGCCACGGCUGGCGAUGACGAGAUGGCGGACGAAUUUGGAAGAAGUGAUAGCGAGGAGUGGCGGUUCGGCGUUGGGGAAGACGAUGACUCCGAGAUCGACAGCGACGAAGCCUUUGGCGAAAGCGACAAGGAGACCUUCCAAGGGUACGCGUUCGGUGGCAGCAGCAAGAAGAAGGACAAGAAGGCGAAGAAGCAAGACGACGGCUCGGACUCAGGGGAGGACUUCGACGACCCCGAUGAUUUCGACCCUGGGAAUGACGGCGAAUCUCUCGGAGAGGAGGCGAUUGAUCUCGCACAGGCUCUAGAUGAGGCGGAAACCGAGUCCGAUGAAGGGGAAGACUCCGCUACAUCGGGGUCGGAAGGGGACGAUGAGUCUGACCCUACUCCCUCAGAUGACGACGAUGUAGACGACGAAGCCGAUCCGUCCAAGCUAGAUGCACUUCAAAAUUUUCUCUCGGAAUACGGCGGGCAAGACGAGGAGGAGGAUGGUGCUCAAGGCCGCACAAAGCUGCGACAGAAGAUCACAUUCAAGGAUCUCGGCCUGACCGCUGUCAAAGAUCCGCAGAUGAAGAAGUCGGUGAAGCUGAUGGCGAAGGAAGAGAAAGAAACACGGCCAGGGGCGACCAAGAAGCUGGCUAUACCAUUAAGCAAGCGGCAGCAGGACCAACUAACACGGAGUGCGGCUUAUGACAAGACGAAAGAGACCCUCGAGCGUUGGACGGAAACGGUGAAACACAACCGACGAGCAGACCACAUCGUCUUCCCUCUACCGGAAAACGCACAUGACGAGGGACUGAACCAUGACGAGAUUCAGCCCAUCACGGCCAAGAACCCCGCCAAUGAGCUGGAAGAGACGAUCAUGUCCAUCAUGACGCAGAGUGGUUUGGCUUUGAACAAGGAAGAGGAGGGCCGGGCUCGAGCGCAGAAAGAGGCAGACGACGAAGGACUCUCAAAGGAAGCGCUCAAAGAGCUCCUCAAUCAGAAACGCAGGCAAAGAGAGCUCAACUCGCGCGAGGCCAAACGUCAGAAGCGCAUCAAGAAGAUCAAGAGCAAAGCCUACCACCGGGUCCAGCGCAAGCAACGCGAGCGAGACGAUGUCCGUCUUCGGGAGGCAAUGCUGGAGAAUGGCGAGAUCGAUUCGGAGGCUGAGCGCGAAGCCCAGGAUCGUGCCCGGGCUCUGGAGCGCGUUGGAGCCCGCCACCGCGACAGCCGCUGGGCCAAGGCCGGGGCUAGUAACAAACGCGCCGUCUGGGACGAUGACUACCGGGCCGGAUUGCACGACAUGGCUCGGCGGGAGGAAGAGCUGCGUAAGCGGAAGGAGGGCCGGGCCGGCAACUCUUCAGACGACGACUCGGAGUCUGCCGACGAUUCGGACGAGAACAACGAUGGCGGCAAACCUAGACUGCUCGCGCAGCUAGAAAAAGCUGACAAGUAUGAGGAUGACGGACCUGAGUCGAGGCUUAUGCAGAUGAAGUUUAUGCAGAAUGCGGAGGCAGCGCAGAAGCAGGCCAAUGACGAUAUGAUCGCCCAGAUCCGGCGCGACCUCGCCUCUGACGCUGAGGACGCCUCCGACGAUGAAGUCGAGGAGGUGGGCCGCAGGACAUACGGCGGCGAGAAAUCGGCCAUCUCAGCUCCCGCUAUUUUCGCAGCGCAGGCGAAGAAGAACAACAAGAACAACAUGGAGAACGGGGGUCUUCCCGGGACCUCAGGGUGGGAAGGCCCCGACGGUGCAGCCAACCUCAACAGCGGCUUCUCUAUCACCGCUGAGUCGACCGCUCCGAAAGGUGACGCCUGGUCUUCAGCAGCCCCGAGUAAAAAGUCCAAAAGGAACGCGGUCGGCCCCAUCGUGGAGACCAUCAACACCACCAACAUCAUCGGCGGCUCUUCCUCCUCCUCCAAGUCAAAACCUAAGGCCAAGCCGAAGUCCGAAGCCAAGGUUACCAAUGGAGCUUCUACCAACGGCGCGGCCCUCGACCUGGGAGACGGCGCCGACUCCGACGCCGACUCGGACGUCCACCUCCCUCUUGCCAUCCGCGACAUCGAGCAGCUCGACCGCGCGUUCGCGGGGGACAACGUCGUCGUUGACUUUGAGCGCGAAAAGGCCUUCGUGGCCGACGAGCAGGACGACAAGGUCAUCGACGAGACGCUGCCCGGAUGGGGCAGCUGGGUGGGCGAAGGCGUGUCGGCGCGUGAGCGCGCCCGGCAUAAGGGUCGCUUCCUGCGUACUGUGGAGGGUACGAAGAAGAAGGACCGGAAGGACAACAAGCUGGAGAAGGUCAUCAUCAACGAGAAGAGGAUUAAGAANAACGAUAAAUUCCUCGCCUCUCAGCUGCCGCAUCCGUUCGAGUCGAGAGCCCAGUAUGAGCGCUCAUUGCGACUCCCCAUGGGACCGGAAUGGAUGACGAAGGAAACCUUCCAGGAGGCGACGAAGCCGAGGGUGUUGUUGAAGCAGGGCAUUAUUGCCCCCAUGUCGCGUCCUUCGCGGUAAAAAGGGAGCGUCUAAGCGAGGCCGUCGGCGACACUAGCCAGGCUACAUAUGUGUUUUGCCAAGGGCAGAUAAGUUGAGUGAUGUUGGUCCCUUUGGAUGUCCCUCUGGGGCUUAGUUAAAAGGAUCACGGAAAUGUGUCGUACCAUUUCAUAUAUAUGCAUGACAGGCCACUCGGGCUACGUAUGGAUUACUCUAGAAUAACUGAUCAGGAGCAAAAACAAUUGCAAAAGCAUGUUGUGACGCUUCCCAAUACUCUCACAAUGGCCAACCACUUCUUUUUCUGCCUAGCCAGACUUGAAUCCAGGCGAAUGUAAG